AUGACCUCGAAUCCAGAAUUAAGAGACACCCUUAAGAAUGUUCUAGCGAGCAUACAGGCCGCAAAAUCGACAUUCCCGACUGUUCUUGCAACCAAUAAUCGACCUCUUCAACCUCGCCUUCAACCCCAGUCACCGGUCUCCAUCCCCGCCAGAUUCAAUGCGGCUUUUGCUGCUGUAAAUGCUAUUGAGCAGAUCAUAUUGCUUCAGUCUACCCAAGAUGCGUUUUUUGCUGCUCAAAAACUUCCUCCUGCACCUGCCAAUCUAUCUAAAAAGAGAAAAAGAUUAGAAGUCCCUGUUGCAUCUGACUUGAAUACAAAGCGGCCCAGUAUUCAUCGCAUAGAAAUUCCUUCUACCGCGGCGUUUCCCCAAAAUGUACCUUCCGAACCUCGACCUAUCAACCACAAGUCUCUUGAGGAGUACAUAAGGCAUGUCAAUAAACAAGGUCUUAUUCGUCUUCAGUUGUGGUCACGCUCGAGAACUGCCGGGGCAGAUUCGGAGACUGUGAAGCUUGUGAAACCUACAUACCUACGAUUGACCAUUCCGGACCUUCUUGUGGCAUACUUAGACAUUCAAGAACAAACUGGCAUCAACCCAGGGUAUCAAGUGCUCCUCGUUACCGUAUUCGGCGUGCGAGAAAAAUCCCACCCUGAAGCAGAUAUUCCUACCAUUAUCGUCAGUCGUCGUGGUUUAAGGCCAUUCGUGUCGAUUAACAACGCACAGGAUCUUCUGUCUUCAUAUAAGGAACUCUAUAGUGAGACCUGCGUCGUGUGUGACCAGUGUUGGUCCGUGGAAGGAGAUCUCCCACCAGUGCACCGUCUCUGGAAACCAUUCAGCUCCUCCGCUCCUGGUGAGGGAACUUCGGCUGGACAAUGGCUACCGCGCCAUUACCUUUGCACUCGCGCAUCAACGUGA